GUCCUGCUGAAGAUGGCGGAGAGUUCAUAGACGCGAAAAAGAGAGACUGGUCUACUCAAUGAAAUCACAGAGGCCGGCGGGAGCGACUCUGGCGGCCACGCCAGCUGAACGCAGAAUGACCCAUCUCCCCCGAGGCACAGAAUCACUACAUCAUCAUCAAGUGCUCCUGGCGGUGGAACAGAUGAGAUUUCACUCCUGUCCGCCGCCGCAACCAGGGGCGCUGUGCCUCCCCUGGAAGGCCGGCCCUCGUAAAUCUGAGCUGAUAUGCGGUGAGGAUGAGCGGAGUAGGUGAGAACGCCAUGGAGCCACUGGGCUCGGACCGGAAGAGGAAACUGUCGACCUGUGACACACCUGGCCUUGGGUGUGACAAGCGGCGCAGGGAGCAGGAGAGCAAGUACAUCGAGGAGCUGGCCGAGCUCAUCUCCGCCAACCUCUCCAACAUCGACAGCUUCAACGUGAAGCCGGACAAGUGCGCCAUCCUCAAGGAGACCGUGAGGCAGAUCAGGCAGAUCAAAGAACAAGGGAAGGCCACGUGUAGCGAUGACGACGUGCAAAAGGCCGACGUGUCCUCCACUGGCCAGGGUGUCAUCGACAAGGACCACCUGGGACCCCUGCUUCUUCAGGCUCUGGACGGCUUCCUGUUCGUGGUGAACCGAGAGGGCAGCAUCGUGUUUGUGUCUGACAACGUCACCCAGUACCUGCAGUACAAACAGGAAGAGCUCAUCAACACCAGCGUGUACAAUAUCCUCCAUGAGGAUGACCGGGAGGAGUUCCACAAGAACCUCCCCAAGACUGGUGCCCCGAACGGAGCUCCCUGGGGCGGCGAGGCUCCGCGGCAGAAGAGCCACACCUUCAAAUGUCGCAUGCUGGCCAAGUUCUCCCCGGGCCGGGGGGCCGGCGAGGACGGGCCAGGGGUGCAGCGCUACGAGGCCAUGCAGUGCUUCGCCCUCACGCAGCCCCGCGCCAUGAUGGAGGAGGGAGAAGACCUGCAGUCCUGCAUGAUCUGCGUGGUGCGCCGCAUCUCCGCGGUGGAGAGGACGGAGCGGUUCAGCACCCGCCAUGAACCCACUGGCAAGCUGAUUGAGAUCGAGCAGCAGAGCUCCCUCCACACCACCAUGAGGCCGGGCUGGGAAGACCUGGUGAGGCGCUGCAUGCAGAUGUUCCUGUACCGCAGCGAGGGCCAGCCCUGGUCCUACAAGCGCCACUACCACGACGCGUUCCUCCACGGCCAUGCAGAGACGCCCCUGUACCACUUCUCCCUCUCGGACGGGACCCCCGUCACGGCGCAGACCCGCAGCGACCGGUGUCAGAACCCCAACUCCAGCGAGCCGCCCACCUUCCUGUCCACGCACCUGCUGCAAAGGGAACCCAACGGUUACCGUGGAAACCAGGUUCCGGGCAUGCGGCCGCAGGGGAUGCCUGUGAACCACCCCAACCAGCAGAUGAACAUGGCUCCUGGAGGAGGAGCUGCAGCCGCAGGAGGAGUAGUAGGAGUCGGUGGAGGAGGGGGAGGCGGCGGCAUGGGGCUGGGCUCCAACCGGGGCUACGUCAGUGCGGAGCAGGGCAGCAUGCCCCAGAGAGGAGGAGGGCCUGCGUACUCCGGCCCCAACCGCAUGCAUCAGAUGAACCAGAUGAACCAGAUGAGCUCCAUGACUCAGAUGAAUCAAAUGAACCAGAUGAAUCCAAUGCACCAGAUGAACAACAUGGGUCAGAUGAACUCCAUGCAUCCCAUGAGCUCCCAGAUGAACCCGGCCAAUCAAAUGGGUCAGAUGAGCCAGAUGGGCCACCACGGCAUGCACCCACAGCAGCACCCCCACCACCCCCACCACCAGCAGCAGCAGCAGCAGCAGCAGCAGCAGCAGCAGCAGCAGCAGCAGCAGCAGCAGCAGCAGCAGCUCCAUCAGCAGCAGCAGAUGGCCCACUUCCACGGAGCAGGCCCAGGGGGUGGAGGUGGCUACGGUAUGACCAGCCCCACCCAGGCGGGCCCAGGGAUGGUCGGCCCUCAGCACAACGUGAUGGGCUCUCCCCGGGUCCGGGGUAGCCCCAAGAUGGGCCCCUUCUCCCCUGGAGGCAUGACCUCCCCGAUGAGCUCCAGCCACCCAGGCUGUGCUGGAGGUGGAGGAGGAGGCACCACCUUCUCCAGCAGCUCCCUGAACGCCCUGCAGGCCAUCAGCGAGGGGGUGGGCAACCCCAUGCCGUCCCCCCUCUCCUCCCCGGCGCCACACAAGCCUGAAAGCUCCCCCAGCGUUCACUCCACCAACCAGGGCCUGGCGCAGGGAGGGCCCAGUAAAGCGGGGCACCCGGCCCCGUCCGGCUCCAAGAGUCCCGGCGGCGAGCAGCACCCGCACACGCCCGUCUCCGAGGGCCCCCCCGAGAAGCCCGACAGCCAGGCGGGCCGAGAGGCGGGGUCGGAGCCCGGUGGCCGGCGGCUCCCCGACACCAAGGGCCACAAGAAGCUCCUCCAGCUCCUGAUCUCGCCCACCGACGAGCUGGUGCCGGGCAACCCCGCGGCAAACUCCGGCCCGGGAUCGGCCCCCGACCACAAGGACGGCGUCACCAGCCCCACCACGGGCGUGUCGUCCUCCACGGGCGCAGCGGGGCCCCCGGGCCUCGGGGCGGUGACCUCGUCGGGCGCGGCGGCCCACUUCGGCAACCAGUCGCUGCAGGAGAAGCACAAGAUCCUCCACAAGCUGCUGCAGAACGGCAACACCCCCGACGAGGUGGCCCGCAUCACCGCCGAGGCCACGGGGAAGAGCAGCCUGGAGGGCGGGGCCGCCGAGGGGCCGGCGCCGGGCGGGGGCCACCGGGGCCCGGAGCCCAAGCAGGAGCAGCACAGCCCCAAGAAGGAGAAGACCCAUGCCCUCCUCCACUACCUCCUCAACAAGGACGACUCCAAGGACGGUGGCGCAGGCGGCGGCGGCGGAGACACCAAGCCCAAGGCCGAGGAGCUGGAGGGGAGGGGCCCGCAGGGCGGCGGCGUGUCCAGCUCCAACCCCCAGGCCCCGGACGGCAAGGUGAAGACGGAGCCUCUGGAUGAGUUGGAGACGCUGGAGACCAUCCUGGGACCCACCAGGAACGGCUCGGCCUUCUACCAGGAGCCAGACUCCAGGGCCGGCAAAGAGAUGGGCAGCAAGCAGGCCAACUUGCCCGACAGUCUCCAUGAGCGGGAGAAGGUCGCCAUGGCGAUGGCACCGGCCCAGCGGGCGGCCUAUCAGAGGGCCCUGUCCGUGGACGCCAAGCCCCUGGGCGUAGAAGGAAUGGGCGGAGGGAUCGCGGGCCGGAGGAACGUUCCCUGUCCCACGCUGAUCAAGCAGGAGAUCAUGGAGUCUCCCAUCCGGGCCGGUCCCAUGGCCAACGGCUUCCCGGGGGGCAUGGGCGGUUGUCCGCCACGGGGCGGGCUAGCGAGAGGCAUGGGCAGAGGCAUGGCGAUGCCCCAGCAGCGGCCCCCCAUGGGAGGGCCCGGCGACUGGGGCGGCCCCAGGUCUGCCGGUAGCCCCGUGGGCGGCCCGGGUCAUCCGGCCAUGGGCCGCCCGGGCAUGAUGGGAGGAGGGCCUAUGAUGAGCCGCUCCAACAGCGUGCCUUCCAACAGCCGCUCCAUGCUGCAGCAGCAGCUCAUGGACAUAGGUGGUUCUAGUGAAGGCAGUAUGGGGAUGAGUCCCUAUGGGGGGCACGGACCCCCUCCGCCCUCACCCUCCUGGUCGGAUUCUGGCGUGGGGAUGGAAAGAAUUCAAGGCAACAGGGGUCCGUUCAGGAACCCUCUGGACGAGCUGCUGGUGCCCCCCUCCACCACGGAGGGCCAGAGCGACGAGAGGGCCCUGCUGGACCAGCUGGACUCGCUGCUCAACAACACGGACGUCAUCGCCCUGGCGGAGAUCGACAAGGCCCUCGGCAUCCCCGCACUGGUGGGACAGUCUCCCGGUCCAGAAGGCCAGCAGCCACAGGGCCACGGCCCAGGUCCGGGGCCGCCCACAGAGUCCUUCCCUCGACCGGACUCCUCCGUGGGCAUGGAGCAGAAGGCCAUGUACGGGCCGGGCUACCCGGGGCCUCCCUCCAUGGCCAUGCAGUCUGGCUACAGCGGUAACCCCGGGCCUGGCCAGGCUCCUGGGGGCUUCGGCCCCAUGAUGAACCCUCAGAUGGGCCCCCAGCCAGGGGGGUUCCCCCCCAUGGGCGGCAUGGCCGGUAUGGGCAACCCCCGUGCCAACAUGAUGAGACCCCCGCGCAUGAUGAACGCCACCAAGCCCCUAAGGUUACAGCUGCAGCAAAGGCUACAAGGACAACAGUUCCUGAACCAGACCAGACAGGUUAUGAAGAUGGAGAACUCCCCAGCAGGGAAUCCGGCCAUGCGCCCCGGCAUGCAACCUGGAAUGCAGCCCGGCAUGCAACCUGGAAUGCAGCCCGGCAUGCAGCCUGGAAUGGGUAACCAGCCCGGCUUCCUCAACGCCCAGAUGAUGGCUCAGCGCAACCGAGAGCUAUUGCAGAGGCAGAGGAUGAUGAUGCUCAUGCAGCAGCAGCAGCAGCAGCAGCAGCAACAACAGCAGCAACAACAGCAGCAACAGCAGCAGGGCCAGGGUCCAGCAGCUGGCUUCAGCCCCCCUCCAAACGUCACUGCCCCUGGGGGGAUGGACAACCCCAUGGCGGGUCCCCCGAUGAACCAGCCCGGACAGCAGGCCUACAACUACGGAGCCAACUACGGAAUGAACCAGCAGGGAGACCCUUCGUUCAUGGGCCCAGGCGGCAACCCCCAGGCCAACAUGGUGCCUGGGCGGAUGGCAGGGCCUCCUCAGGCCGCCAUGAUGCAAGGCAUGCAGGGUAAUCCCCAGGGAGGUCCCAUGUACCAGUCUGGAGACAUGAAGGGCUGGCCCCAAGGAGCCAUGCAACGCAGCAGCUCCUACCCGCAGCAGCAGCAGCAGCAGCAGCAGCAGCAGCAGCAGCAGCAGCAGCAGCAGCAGCAGUUCCCUCAGCAGGGCGGCCAGGGUCAGUUUCCAGGCAUGAUGAUGAACAGCUCCAUGGGCGGGCCGGGGCCGGCCGGCGGUCCCGGAGCAGGGCAGAUGGGUCCGAUGCAGGGCCAGAUGACCAUGAACUCCAUGGGGAUGGGCCGGAUGCCCAUGGGCCCCGACCAGGUACGCCAGAAGUAUUGCUGAGGACGGCCGCUCGCCGCCAUGACUGCCCUCAGGGCCAGGGCCCUGGGGCUCUGGCCCGCUGAGACGGAGCAGCAACAGCAGUGGGGAGGGACAGGCAGCCCAGCAGGCAACAACAGGAAGACCCAGCCCCCCCUCUAGGGACCUCCCUCCGAAACCCUCCUCUGCCACACAUCAUGAACAAACCACAGUUAAACACCCACACCAGAAUGUGCUCAUCAUGGAGGUAUAAGGACAAGCCUGUUGCAUGCUGCCUACCUUGCAACAUUAAAGACACAUACACACACAUACCCACAUGCACACACACAGAAUGGCAGAUACAAGCUCCUGUGUCUGUCUUGCACAAGCGGGAAAUGUGGUUGAACGCAGUCAGUGUUGUUGGUAGGUAUGGGCUGGCGUUUGCUAGUCGAGUGUUUGGCACUGCGACUACGAAGCUAAAAAUGCAAGAACGGUACAAUGGUCACCAGCUGCAGUUUACCUGUAGGCUGCUCAAUAGAUUUUUUUUUUUUAAAAGGAUAGUUGCAAUAUUUACGCGCAGCGUCGGGAAAGAAAUCAGACCCCCUCCAGCAGCGAUGGGUUUGUAUACUACUCUCUGCCGCUAUCUGGUGGCUGGACGAGAGAUAGCAGCGGACGCUACGCCACACAGAAACAGAGCAAGUGUCGUUGCUACAGAGUGAAGCGCAGCGCGGUGGACCCCCUUGUCCCGACAGACGGUACUGCAGUAUUAGAUGUGGCUAAUAUCCUCUCUGUGAAUAUGAAUUGUAAAUAUUUUACAAAAUUAUACAUGCUUUUUUAUAGGCCUAUUUUAUUGCACAGAGUAUAAGACUUGGGUCGUAUUUUUCUGUCGGAUAGGUCAAUGUUUUUAUUUGCUUUUUGAUCGUGUUUUUUUUUUUUGUUUUUUUUUAACCCUCGUAAUUGUUCUGGGCUUUCUUUCUCUUGUCAGCCAAUUUAAAAUGCCUUUAAAAACUUUGAGGAGAUCGUAGCCAUGAUAUUAUUUUAUCUAUUUUUUUGCGAGGCACUUUUACUUAUGGAUGGGUAUUUCAUAUGCAGAAAAUCGCAGGUGUUUUACAUUGGCAGAAAUUGUAUUAUUCAGUAUGGGAAAGAAAACUUGUGUAUAAUUUUGUUUCUUCAGAACCUUCAGCCUGUGUGUUUGGAGUGUGUGUAUCCAUACACUCCAACCCCCCCCCCUCCACCUUAUUCUCCUCCUCCUCUUCCUCUCUGAGCAACUAUUCCUGGCUCGCUAUGACAUCUACCUUUUUAAACAUGCGCAAUCCAAAGAUAUUUUUCCAACCUUUUUUUGUAAUGUUUCUUAGGUUGCCUUCUCUUUGCGUUGGUUGAAAUACAUUGUAUAUUUGUGGCUGUAGAUGGGUACAUAUCUUGUAUUUUUAAGAGGGGGGGGGGGGGGGGAGAAUAACAAGGCAGGUGUGUACAUAUGUGCUAACAGGUGAUGGGGGUACAUUGAUUCUAUGGGAAAUAUAAUGGGGGGGGGGGGGGGGGGGAGUGCUGUGCUAAGAGCACAUUAAGGUUUUAUCAUAGGCUAGCAGUGCCUGGUCUACAUUCAGAAAAAUGCUAUAGGCUACUUUUGUGUGCUAUAAAAGAGGAAUACCAAUGGAAUGGGAAACACUCAAAGACAUAUCAAUCUAGUCCUUCUAUUUUUCAGAAAAUAAACGUGUGCGUCCAGAUUCUUUUGCUACUUCGGGAAAAUGAACACUGUAGCAUUUCAUGAAGUGUAUAAAACGACUGUCUGGAAGCUCAUUUGGUUUCAUCGAUUUUUGCUAAUUAUAAGGUGAAAUAAGCUGUCUUUUUACAGGAUGUAUAUUGCAGAUUUCUUUUUCUCUUGAUGUUGAUAUAAAUGUAAAUACAAAUUUUUAUUUAAACAA